CCAGCAGAGGCAGAGCCCACCACUGGCUGAAAAGCACUGACAUUUAGACUCCAGGCUUCAACCUGUUUACAAGCGGCUUUCCAAGGGGACUUGGAGGUGGAGGGAAGGGCCAAAUAAAACACCAGCCGCCAGCCGCCCCCCAAACAAGAAGUGGCUUUCAGGAGACUUCGCAUCAACAGGCACCACCAAAAAGAGAAAGGAAGGAGAGGAAAAACAACAGCGCCUGGGCAGCUGCCUCCAGUUCUGACAACUCCAAAGAGACACACUUUUUUUUUAAGUGGCCAACAGGCUGGGACUCUGCAGAGAAGGACCAGAAGGUGCCAACCGCAGAGGGGCGCAGAUGUCUUCCUGCACCCCCACCCCACCCACUUUGGGUUUUGUUCACCGUGCUGUCAUCUGUUUUUCAGACCUCUUUUGCAUCUAACAUGGUGAAGAAAGGAGUGAAGAAGAGAACAAAGUAACCCCCGGGGGAAACGAAGAGCUCUGGUGACCAACACCACCAGUUCCUACUGCUGUGGCCACCCACGUCCACUGUUUCACCCGGAGACUGGAGAGACAGCAGGCAGCGGAUCCCAAAACGGAGCGAGCGAGGACAGGCAGCCGGCCCUUCUGAGGAGUUAUGGAUGUUGGUGCAUUCGCUUCUGGCCAGAUCCUUACCCAGAGGGAGCUAACUAGUAGCCACCACCUCCAGCUGUCUCUUUGCCUCGCACCAGGUCUUACCCUUCCAGUAUGUUCCUUCUGAUGAGACAAUUUCCAGUGCCGAGAGUUUCAGUACAAUGUGGAAAUGGAUACUGACACAUUGUGCCUCAGCCUUUCCCCACCUGCCGGGCUGCUGCUGCUGCUUCUUGUUGCUCUUCUUGGUGUCUUCUGUCCCUGUCACCUGCCAAGCUCCUGGUCAGGAUAUGGUGUCACCGGAGGCCACCAACUCCUCUUCCUCCUCCUCCUCCUCUUCCUCCUCUUCGUCCUCCUCCUUGUCCUCUCCUUCCAGUGCGGGGAGGCAUGUGCGGAGCUACAAUCACCUCCAAGGAGAUGUCCGCUGGAGAAAGCUGUUCUCCUUCACCAAGUACUUUCUCAAGAUUGAGAAGAACGGCAAGGUCAGCGGUACCAAGAAGGAAAACUGUCCUUACAGUAUCCUGGAGAUAACAUCGGUGGAAAUUGGAGUCGUUGCUGUCAAAGCCAUUAACAGCAACUAUUACUUAGCCAUGAACAAGAAGGGGAAACUCUAUGGCUCAAAAGAAUUUAACAAUGACUGUAAGCUCAAAGAGAGGAUAGAGGAGAAUGGAUACAACACCUACGCAUCCUUUAACUGGCAGCACAAUGGCAGGCAAAUGUAUGUGGCGUUGAAUGGGAAAGGAGCUCCCAGGAGAGGACAAAAAACACGAAGGAAAAACACCUCCGCUCACUUCCUCCCGAUGAUGGUCAACUCAUAGAAGAAGGCACU